AUGGAAAGCACACUCGUUCAAGAAUCCUUAGAACCAUUGGAAGGAGUGAAAUCAAUCGCAGUCAAUGUGAUCGGGAGAGUCGUGUACGUCCGUCACGACCCAGAAGUGACGUCAGCUACCGAGCUUGUUGACACACUCAACCGAAACCAUCUGGGCGCGAGCGUCAUGGAGACUGGGUCCCAGGAACACGAUGAUAGUAAAAGUCUCCCGCCGUCCUUAUCGACUUUUCUGAUUUAUCUUUUGCUCCAAACCAUUCUCCUGAUGACAGGUGUUGUAGCGUUCUUCUGUGAUGCGUCCUGGUACAGAUGGCCGGCCAUUGCGGAAAUCGUGUUCGGUAUAUUUCCAGUCCUCCAGAAAACGUAUGUUUCUCUUAAAACCUGUAGCGUCGACAUCAAUAUUCUGAUACUCAUUGCCAUAGCGGGAACGCUUAGCAUUGAGGAGUGGUUGGACGGCGCCGCUGUAGUUUACGUAUUCUCCUUCGCCGAGGCCUUGCAAGAGUUUUGCAUGUUUAAAGUCCAUCGGACAAUCUCUGGGCUCAUGCUAAAAGCGCCGCGGGUGGCAAUACUAGCGAACACUGGCGAAUGUGUAUUGGUGGAAUCAGUUGCUAUUGGAACCACUAUCGCCAUUAGGCCAGGAGAGUUUAUUCCUUUGGAUGGUGAAGUCAUAAAAGGACGAGCUGCUGUGGACGAAAGUACGGUUUCUGGUGAAUCUGUGCCCGUUGAAAAAACUGUGGGAUCUAAAGUAUUUAGCGGAACGAUUAAUCAAAAUGGCUACUUGGAAGUGAAUACCACAUCAGACUCGACAUCUUCCACAGUUUCUAAAGUUGCACAACUAGUUCAGGAAGCCCAAACUGGUUCAGGAAGGAUCGAAGUCGCCAUAAAUCGGUUUGCCAAGUAUUACACUCCAACUGUGGUCGUUGUUGCAGCUCUGGUAUUUGUUAUUCCAGCCAUUCUUGGUGCUGCAGGCGUGGGAACCUACUCACAGGAGCUAAAGAUGUGGGGAGAACGAGCCCUUGUCCUUCUGGUCAUAGCGUGCCCCUGCGCCCUCGUUAUGUCCACCCCUAUUGCUAUGGUCUGUGGUAUCACUGCAGCGGCGCGUAAAGGAGCACUGAUCAAAGGUGGAGUUCACCUCGAGACCCUCGCUCAGUUGCAGGUCCUUGCGUUUGAUAAAACUGGAACAUUGACAGAAGGAAAGUUUCAAGUUGUUGACAUAGAAUGCGUUUUUGGAGUGAAAGAACGAUCAGCUUUACGCCUAGCAGCUGCGCUUGAGAGCAAGUCCAGCCACCCUCUUGCGGCUGCCAUAGUAAGCGAAUUUAGUGGUUGUGUUUCGGAAAUGCGCAAGUCACAAUCCUCCAGCCUUCCGGAAGUAAAAUGCUUUAAACUUCACGAAGGACAAGGUAUUUCUGGUGUUGUCGGUGGUCAUCAUGUGCAGAUCGGUAAUUACGAAUUCCUAAAGCGUGUUGGCAACAAAGCGCUGAAUAAGUGUAUGGAAGAGAAGUAUAUCACUUGGUGUAACGAGAGUAAAACUGUGGUCUUCAUGGCUGUGGAUGGUAAACUAGCCAUGAUGAUCGCUCUUGCUGACACUAUUAGACAAGAAAGUCGUGGCGCGUUGGACUGGCUACGAAAAACUCGUGUCCAGACUGCCAUGAUCACUGGUGAUAACUCUCGUACAGCCAUGGCCGUGAAGAGUAACUUAAGCUUGGACGAGUGCAUCGCCGACAUGAAACCUCAGGACAAACUGUCGUGGAUCGAGGAAAGACAAGGUGGAAUGCAAAUCGUGGAAUGCGAGGUGCUUGGCGACGAUCAACAGACUAGGAGGUGUAUGUUACCGUACGCUUGUUGCUGUUCCCGUCACCGCUACAAUGCUGUAAAAUCACGUGACAGCGACAAAAUCAUUGUGGGUAUGGUCGGCGAUGGCGUCAACGAUGGCCCAGCCCUUGCCGCAGCGAAUAUUGGUAUCGCAAUGGGCGCUGGGGGAACGGCCUUAGCAGUGGAGGCGGCAGAUGUGGCACUGAUGAGCAACAACUUGACGAAAAUACCGGAACUGGUACAACUCGGCCGUUUCUGCCGUCGUGUCGUAGCAGAAAACAUCUCGUUCUCCGUCAUUUUGAAGCUGGCCAUUGUGAUUGCGGCCCUGUUAGGGAAGGCUGCCUUGUGGAUGGCUGUUCUGGCAGAUGUACUCGGUUUGCUAUUCGUUGUAAUAAAUGGUUUGAGACCCCUAUGGUGGAAUGUCGCUUGGAGAAAUGAUGUUAAAAGUGAAAUAGCAGUUUCUGUUCACUCUCGGCCAUCUUACUUUUACGAGUCGUAUGUAUAGGCGAGGACGUUCAAGGAGCAAAUGUGAUGUUUGUCUCUGCCAUUUAUCAUCCCAGUGGAAGAGGUGGUAAUUUUUUUUUAAGUACUCUGAACAGAACGGAUUUCAAUUGAUUGCAGAGGACAGAUUACAGGAUCAAUACCUGUAAUUGAUACAGACUGAAUUUUUCAAAUUAAGAUAUCGAUGAUAAUAUGUACAAGUUUGUACCGUCGUAUGUGAUGUAUGAACUUCAUAAAUGAUUGAUGAUUAGGGAUUUAGUUAUUGAAAAUUACUUCCUGGCCAAAAAAAAAACCACGAAAACAAAAACAAACACGUCAGCUAUUUUUUGAAUGUUGUGAAUUAUUGAAUGAGAGUCCUAAUUGACUUCACUGGUGUUAUAAUGAUCUCAUGGGCUUUUAAACGCUUGAUAAUUUCUGGGGGAAAAAAACUUAAAAAAAGAAGAUUAUUCAAAUGUUGCAGCUAGUAGAUUUCAAAACUUUAAAAUGUUGUGUCUACCAAAGACAAUCAUAAAUUCGGUGGUUCGUACUGUCUCAAGGCAGUUUCUCAAUUUGCUGUUAUUUAAUCCUUGAUUGAUCGAUACUACAGUAUAACCCCGCUAACUCAAACUCGCAAGGGGAACAAAACAUGGUUCGAGUUAGCGAGUGUUCGAAUUAGUUGAUAGUAAAUGACCAAAGGAAUGGGUCAAAAGAAAUCAGAUCUUGUACGAGUCACUGGUGGGGUUUGAAUUCCCCGAGUUUGAGUAAGCGGAGUUUUACUGCAUCAUGCAUUUUAUACGUUUCUUCGAAAAUGGUGCGGAAGAAAUGCCUCAAUUCUGCUCAAUAAGUUAUGUUUAAGCCUUUCACAUUACUUACGUUGAGGAUUGCCAUAACAAUACUAGAGCCUUCUAGAAAAAGUAUGAUUUUAGGUUUAUAGGUCAAUGACUGCUCACAAUGUAGAGUUACGGGCGCAUAAAUCAUAGAUCAAAUUUUAUGUUCUUGUUUUUAUUAAAAUUGAAAGGGUGUAAAGUUGAUUGUGGAUAAUACGCCGAUCAAUUCGAAGUUUCAACAUUCCUCCCGGGCAACCCAUAGGCAUUUACCCGUCUUCCAAGUCCGGGGGGGGUGGAGAAUUUAAACCGGAAGUGUCUAGUCUUUCCAGUAGAAUGCAAGCGUUAUAUCAUGAGAUAUGGAGAUGUUAAGGAAAGUAGUUCAAUUUACCGAGUGAAUGACUCAGAUGGAAAUGUCUACAAGGUCUAGGUUUUAUUUUAUCUGCAUUUUAUCUGCAUUUUACCCAAAAAUUGGGUGGGGCAUUUGAACACAAUUUUAGCUCGGGGGUGGGGGGCGGAGGAAAUUUGAACAAAAAAGUCAUCAAAAGUUCAAAGCCCGAGAUUUACGCGGGGGGGGGAUGUUGAAGCUUCGAAUUGAUCUACGCGUAAGCCUGACCUGUUUUAGUGAUUCGUACGUAUAGUUUAAAUCGUUUGUGGCACAUUAACAUCUGAUAUAUUGAACAAACAAUAAACACUAUGGGUUAUUUACGUUUAUGUCCGAAACGCUCAAUGUCUGUUCAGUUUAAACCUUUGAUACAAUAAAACCUAUGAAUCAAGUACACAAAUUAAUCCCCAAAUUCUCCUUGUCAGCACCGUAGGAAAUGUGUAAAGAACAGUAUGGAGAAUAUGAAUACUGAUGUUAGGGUCCAAGGGAUGUAGAGACGUCACUCGGUUCGAGUAAGAUACAAUAUAACCAUAUAGGGGUUGUAUUGGUUCUACGAGUGUUUUAGUUCAUGGUAAAAAAAAAAAAAAAACAAAAAAAAAAAACAAAAAACUCACGUUCACAUGAUUAUAAAGGAUAUUUCCACCAGGCGAGUGGGGCAGCAAUGGAGAAUGGGGGUCAAACGCAUAUACUUUGAUAAACCACUUUUGGAAAAAUCAUAUACCUUAUAUGGAAAAAGGAUCCCUUUUAUAUGCCGACAACCUCGCGCCGGCUAUCUCUCAAGAACAAGCAGAGACGAAUGAACUGUUUUACUAAAAAACUAAGAAACACUCACCUACCUUUGCUGCGAAUAACCCUUAAAUCAUUUUUAGACCUCAUGUUGAUAGCAGCUUUCUUUUACUUUUUCACUGACCCACCUUGGGAGAUCCCAAUAUUUCAUAAACCUCGUGUGUAAAACGCACGCCCAUCUCGGGCAGAUCAUCCUUGUCUAACCAUGUGUGGGGAGAGGUUUCCUGAUAGGAACAAGGGAUAUAAAUGCAGUUGUACCAAUUGUUGAGGUAAUAAGACAGGCUAUUUGAGUUCAAUUGGAUACAGUCAUAAAAAACGAAGGACAAAUGUUUGUAACUCGAUUUCCGACUUUAUCUUGGCUCCAGUAUUCGAUGCUCUUGAGAAGGAACUUCCUUUCGGCUUUCCCGACCGCGCCCUGAGGAACCGUGCCCCGAGGAACCGCGCCCUGAGAAACAGUGGACCGGAGUGAAAUGCUCGAUCCAACAAGCCGAUACGACAUGCUUACACAUCCUCAGGCGAUCUUAAUCGGAGACAUACACCCUGACUGGCAAAGAAGACUGUUUUGCGGCGUAGUUAACAUCGGCGAGACCAUGAGAAAGGUGCACGUGCGAGUUGAUGUACACUUAAACACAUCAUGACUCUGAACCUUUCCCCCUAAAUUCGGGAGAAUCCUUCGCAUUCUUUCAGCUGGCGCAUACUCUGCUAGGCCGAAAAAACCUAGUCAACGUGUAGCCGUUCCAAACCCCCCUCCAUUUCACCAUGGGGGGGGGGGGAAGGGUACAGCUAUACGUAGGCUACCAAAAUCCUUUUGAUCAAUGCAGAAUCCUUGAAAGCCUAAUGAUCCAAAAUUUUAGGCCUAAUUUGAAUAGACAAAUUAACUCCUACGUUUCGAAACUCUUCCCAUCUGGAAUUAUACCUAAGGAUAUGAAAUAUGCAGUUUAGCGGACGGAGCUUAUUUACCCUGAUGAUGACCUAGUGUCGAAAACGUUCGGUUUUUAAUUUUUAAUAUGUUUUGCCUUGUAAAUAGCUCAUUUUUAAAAAUAGAAAAAUGGAAAUAGAACAGAUCAGGACCCAGAAAUUUAAAAUUUUACCUUCUUUUUGGAGUAACGGUCAUGCUGAAAAUAUUCCUCGUUUUGAAAAUAGGGUAAUUUGAGACAAGAAUUGCAGUCUUUGUUACCAUUUGCACCAACUCUGAUCUUUUUCUGGAUAGAUAUUAAGAUCAAGAUAUGAAAUGAUCCAAUAUAGGGGUAGUUAUUCAAAUUGAAAGCUAACGCAUAAUAGUUGAUAUAUAACUCCAAGAAAGAAAGUCAUCCUCUUCAGUCAAUUGAAAAACGCUAUUUUAAAAAGAGGGCUGGGGCAAGGUGGUGUAAUGCAUGACUGCAAGGUGGUAUAAUGCGCGCGAAGAUAAGAAUAGGGAUAACUAGGUAUAAAUUACGUCCAAUCAAAAGGACGAAAAAACAGCUGUUUGUUUGUACUGGCGUUCGUAAGUUUUAUUUUUAAAACAAAUUGUGUUAAAACAUGCAAUACUCGUGGAAUAACAUUUAAAAGACUUGAGAAAGCGUAAUAUUUGUAAAUGUCAAGAUUCUCUGACAAUGCAUUUGAAAGCGGGGCUUGCUUGUACAGAUAGCUUCAGUUUUAGCAGAAUUUAUUGCAAGUGUCAGUUAACACUGAAUUAAAUCCAGAGGUGGUUACUUUCCAUCUAUUGCUAGAUAAUACUCUCGGCUCUGCGAAGCACUAAUUUUCCCGUCAGAUAUACUUUGUCGGAUUUUAUAGCAUACCAUAGUAAAAUCGCGCAUCGUUUUGCGUGCAUCUAAAAGUUGAUGGUUUGAAUUGGGAAUAAUUUUUUUUUUUUCUGAUUUGUUUAACAUAUUCCUUUGAAUAUUUGAGGGUGUGCGUAAUACAUUUUUUUAAAAGCACACGGCUUUAGCGUGUUAUGAGUGGGAGGAUGCAAAGUUGUGUGUGGCGUCACAGUAAGGGGCAUGUGUUUUUCUUUAAUUACCAAAAAUAUUACAAACGAACGCAAACUUUUCCAUUGAAUCUAAUGGAACACAAAUGGCAAAAUAGUUCAAUUCGUAAAUAUGAAGGCCAAUCAGGAACGUGUUUUUACAAAUCACCUACUGAAGAAGCUUGCAAAUUCAAUUCAAUUUUAUAUUCUCGUGGAUGCAUUGUUUUCAAAUUCCAUACCUUCAUCAGAAGCCUCUUGUCGGGAAGACAUAACGCACAAUACUAGACACGACAUUUUCCACAUCACAAAGUUACUUAUUAGGAGAAGAUACCGAAGGGAGACCUCCUUGUGGUCAUAAAAUAUAGCUAAAUUUUCUGAGCCGUGGAAAGGAAUCUUCUCUGCCUAAAAAUAGCAAUUUACGUUUCAAAGAUAUCAUUCUAUUGUUUCGUAACUUUUGCCAGCUCAAUGCUUGUUGAUGUCACUGAAACUCCUAGAUUUUGUAUGUCCCGUGACCAUCGCUCGUCAAUUAAAGGAUAGUUCUUGAACAUUUUCCAAGAGAAAAAAAAUCUGGAGUUAGUUGAUAUUUCAGAGCUUUAGAGCUAUGAAAUAAAACCGGAAAGCCUCAAAAGUUGUCGAUGUUUAUUCCUGAUUAAGAAAUAACAAGAGAACAUAUUCUCUUGAAAAUAACUUUUGAUAAAAUCUAUAUUUUUAAACUGCACUUAAACUAUACUACGCGAGGGAAUCAACUCAAUUUUCCAAGAAAAAAUUAAAAACUUUUAAUGAAAUAAUUAAACAGCUCAGAAUUUCGCAACUACAAAUUUUUAUCUAAAAAACACAGAAACUUUUAUAGUGACAAUAAAAUAGACACCUUUAUGUCGCAAAUGUCGAAGUUUUGUCCAAUAUCUGGUGUCAAUAGAAUAGUCAGGAAAGUGGUAAAUACUGUUCUGCAUCAAAAAUUUAAUUCCAAGUAAUGUCACCGCGCCAGGAAAUCAGCUGCCAUUUCAAAUUGAUUUUUCAAGAUUUCAGUCGAAUAUUUUUUCAGCUUAGUCUUGCAGGAGUUCCGUUUUUUGUGAUGAAAAUUAAUUUUAGGUUUAAACGGUAACAUUCCUAAUACAUAUAAUAUAGUUUGGAUUCAGGGGUUUGAUUCAAACCUAUUCGUAUUUUACCAGACUGCAAGAUUUCGCAGUUAGCACCGCCGUGAUCCAGUCGUUUCUCUCGUCUUCAGAAUUACAACUCACAACGUACGAUUCUUUGUUGUUCGCUCGGAGGCGAAGACCAAAUUUCUUCCGUCGAAACCCGAAGUCCUCUGCCAUGAGAGAGACGAUGUCUAGUAUACGAAUGAUUUUCGCCGAAACAGACUCUUCGUUUUUCUCUUUCAACAAAUACAGUUUGUCUUCGGACAAGAUGAAAUAUCUCCUCUUCCAACGGCGUUUUAACGGCAUUGACUUGCUCUGUUUCCAAAGGUAGCCUUCUUUGAUGGACUGGUCCUCACUGCUGGUGAAUUUUUCGCAGUUUUCCGGCCGACGAAUUCGGCCACCAGAAAAUGGUACGACACGAAAAGGUAACUUUCUGAACAGCCUUGUGAACCCCAUUUGAGAGAUCGAAUGUUUCGCUAGCAGCUGAUGAUCUAAACAAUUAAUUCCUUGGGAAAACCCCCCUUUUGAAAGAAAAUCCUCCUUCUUCUUUAGUUUCAACUACUGCAUUUUCUGCCUGGUUGAACUGAAUUUGGAAGACCUCACUCAGUCUACGUCAGCGAAUGGAUGGUCCCCGAAGUUCUGGACGAAAGAUUUGUUGUUUCUUAGGGAUUACUUGUUCAUUCUAAGCCUUGCGAAAUGCAUAUGUGGCUUGAGUCUCACAGCCUUAAUAUUUUAUGUCCAAAACCACCCACGCGUCAAACAGCAAUUAAAAUUGGCAAGCCAGUUUAUCAGGGUUCGCUUUGAUCUCUGGGUAUCUGGCGUACGUGCACACCUGUAAACUUUUCAAAAAGAGAUUGCGAAAUCGCGCAAAACACUCAAAAUAACCCUAAGCAAUAAAGAGAGAAGAAUAUCAAAUAAGUAUCGAAUACGAGCGUGCUCAUUACUCAGUUGAAGUCAGUUUGUGUCGUCAGGGAAAUUGUUUCUCUAUGAAACAAAUAGGAUCGGCUGUUAGAUUCAGCCUAAUGACGUCAGUUGCCCUUUCGUAAAUAAGAUUUGCAAUUUUGCUCACAGAAAGGUAUGAGGUAAAACUUAUUAAAAAAUAAGAUUCUCUGUGUUUCUACGCUUUCAAAUUUAGAUUUUCCGUUGGGAAAGUUUAUUUCAAUGUAUUGAAUCGAGGACAGUUGGUUCCAGGUAGAGAACAAUUAUUAUUUUCAAGGAAAUUGUUUGAAAACGAUUUUAACCUAAUUUAUGCAAUAUUUGGAAGAAAAAUUUUAAAAUGUAUUUAUCUUAAGGAAAAACAAACUAGAAUUAAUGGAAUAACCAGCUGAGGAUUUUUAUUCAUUCUUCCCAAGUUCUUUACAGGAACAAAUCUAAUGUUAAAAACAUUUUAAGUGCUCAAAUACAUUAUAAUUAUGAAAAGUCCGGAUUGCUUGAAGUCCUUUGGUUUCAAUGAUGGUGUUAAUUGCUCAAAUCGAUGUUGCGAUUCUACAAAGAGGACUGUCAUUAACAGAAGUAGUGUUUUGAAAUAGGAUUCUGUUUAACACGAGGAUAUUUUUUCUUCAUCAUUGUCGAGCUGGAAAUCAAACCGAACAUUUUGUGUAACCUUAAUCCUUAAGAAAAUCGCCUUCAAACUUGAGAGAACACUGAACACUGCGGAAACCGCAAUUUGGAGUAAUUUGCGUCAAUGUCUUUGGCGAAUCCUUCCUUUUUCGAUUACCUUUCUCAACUCUGCAACCGCCCUCUCCUCCCCUCCCCUCCCCUCACCCCACGCAUUCUAUUUGUUCCCUUCUGAUAAAUAUAAGAAGACGGAUAAAUCUAGUGUGUGAUUUUCAAAACAAUUUUAAGAUGAAUGUUAAAAGGUGAUCCGGAAAAGCAUUAGUUUGGCUUUCCUACGCUUUGUGAUUGGUUCAGAAAACUCGCGCCACCAUAAUCCUCUGGACCAAUCGCAUGCAAAACUGAAACUAGUUGUACGAUUUGGCCACUCACAUUUUCGAAUGUUGCGGGCAGUUUGCUAAAUUUUACUCUGAGUUCUGAUUCGCUCCACGUGGGAUUUUAUCUAUGUUAUACUUCAGAAAUGUGAUCUUUUCGAUUUGGAUUUACGCCUCGCAGUCGAAAUACACCCUUGCUUAAAAAACAAAAAUUUACCUCACGCGAGUGAUUAUACUUUUCAUAUUUCUCGCACGUGAAAAACGAGAGAGGCUGGUUCGAGAGUCACUCAGUGACAGCGCUAAUAAUGUACAUGAAAAAAUUGCAUGCGUCUGAUUGGCUAAAAACGAGUGAACUCUCAUGUAACACGAGUGCAAAGUUGUAACACGAGUACAAAUUACAAAUAGCGAGUAGGCUGCUAAAAUUUACGUCUCUCUUGAAUCUCUGUGAUGUUUUUUUAUUAGCGUUAUUAACAAGAAACAACAUGUUUUGUGGUGCAAUUUGGUGAAAUAAGCACUUGUAAAUUUUUCAAAGACUACAAAUUGCACUUGCCCUACGGGCUCGUGCAAUUUUGUUGUCUUUGAAAAAUUUGCACUCGAAGUCAUGUUAUUAAGUAUACUUACCUACCAAUAAAAACACAAAAAAUGAUUUUAACUUAAAAGAUGAGCAUGUCUGACCAGCAUAACCAUCAGUUCCGCCCGAGACAGGAUCACAGAGGACUGGUUAAAAUGAUUAAUAAUUUUCUAAAAGCGUUUAAAAAACAAUAUCACUGAUGCUUUUCGUUUUUUUUAUUUUCAUGCUUUUUCUCAACAUGAAAGCUCUUGCUCCGUGAAAAUGUAACUUAGUGAAAAAAGGAUAAAAAAUUAGUUAAUUUGAGGAUAAAAACAAAACAAAACAAAGCCAAACAUCCUUCACACCACCACCCACGCGUUUAUCAACACUUACAUUUCCAGACCGUCAAUUAUCCGCUUAUCUGAAUUCAUUAACUUGACAUUUUCAAGUCCUCGGACAAUAUACUUUUUGUGCGGGGAAAGGGUGGGGGAGUCUUUUUCUCCACGAAGGUAAUUUUCAAAUUUUUGUCGCAACUUUCGAGAAGGAGAGGUCUGUUUGCUUGACAGACAAAAAUUCGAUUAUUUCGCAUGAUCGACAGAAAGAAAACCAAAAGGAAAUUAAAAAAUAGGUUACUUCCGCGUUCAGCAGGCGUCUUCUCCGUUCUUUUCCGGCCUCUUGUUUCACACGCGUGUGAAGAACGGGGAAAAAUUGAAAAAAGUUUGUCAAAGAUCCACCGAACUUCGCUUCUAAUUCUCAUGAAUCGUGAACUGGUUUGUCUUCGUGAAGUGUGAUUCGGCAACAAUGGACGCGAACCAUGAAUAUCUUACGGAUGGACUUUGAAAAGAGGACGUCCUGAGUGGAAUGCGUGACUAAUGUAUGAACGUGACUCAGAUUACUACAUCAGUAACUUACCGUGAUGAGACAGAAAGAGGUGUGUAAAGUCGGUGAAGAAAACAAACAGAGCUUCACAUUGGAUGUAAUUCAGCAAGAAUCGAUCCUUCAAACGAGUCUUUUUUUCCCCACCAAUAUCUAAUUUGUUUUUCUCGAGAUGGCGUAAGAUAUUUUGUGAAACGCGAUCUUGACACCUCCCUACCCCCCUGGGCCCCUCCCUCCAUCCACUGUGAAACAAAAACCGUAAAAGGCAUGAACUGAGACUACUUCCGUGUGAACUAUGACCACUUUUCAAUUGAGGGAGCGCUGCGAAUGUUUUUUGUCCACCUGCCACUUGUACCCUAUUUCACGUGCUUGUUACGUGCUACCUCAUGUUUACUUGUUCGCCUUGCAUGUGAUCAUGUACACAUCCAGCAUGUCUGUUCAGCCUGACCCCACGAGCGACCCCUAGAGCGUAUAAUCAAAAAUAAACAUGAUCACAGGACGAAAGUCCACAAUUUAAAAUAACAGAUGGUUUUCAUCAAAAACUCGAAUCUUUAGUCACGGUUAUCUUACACUAAAAUUUGAAACCCCCAAAAAAUUUACUUGUUGGCGUAAACGAAUUUUUUUUUACGUAUUAUGAUAAUUCUGUUUCAUACAUACGCUCGAGCCAUGUUUUUAUUUCAAGUUUUAUUUUUUCCACUUAGCCGGUGACUUGAAAAAUUAUUACACCCCUAUAAAUUAAGAUAUUUGACUUUACUUUGGUGUUUUUUGUUCACGCCACGCGGACCUCAUGGAACUCAACUUUGCCAAUUAGACAUAGAAUGAAUCAUCCCAAACUACGGAAAUCUAUGAAUCAAUUUUCUCUUCGCCCCCAAAGGCUUUAUUAUUUUCGGCCAUUGUUGUUAUCAAUUUAGGUUAUUUCCAUUCAAAAUAUUCAAAAUAGAUUUACAAUACAAUUUUGUGGACAUCAAAACUUUGUUGUAAUCGUCUGGGAUAGAGUAUGCGCAGUGGAAAACCCCGGAUGUUCUCGUGAUAUUUUCCAUCAAACCAACUGAGAGGUGCACUGACAACGUUUGUGUCUGCUUGUCUUGUCUGAGUUUCCCUCGCUUUCUGCAGACGCCUCCACCUUUGUGUAGUGCUAUGGGGACAUCAUCUGUGUUUGGUUAUCUCGCUUGUGAAGAGUUUCGAGACUAAAAACUAGUGUUCAUCGUUUAAACUGGCGGCCAUUCGGAAAAAUGUCGGUAGGAGAAGGAAGAAACGUUGGUAGUAGCGACAGGAUCGGUGAGUAAGCACGCGCUACGAUGGCACUUUUGGGCGACAAAUAGCCUCUUAGAGUAGGUUACGUGCGCUGAGGAAGGUUUUCCUAUUUGUUUUUUCCGGCGUCAUUUCUUCAGGGGUAGCAUUAUUCUCGCUUUUAGCUCUUUAUCGUGGAGAUAUGUAGUGGUGUCUCGAUUGUUUUUCUUCUUACUGGUUAUUUAGGAAAUUUGUAGAAUUCUUCGACGGUCAGAAAUCGUAUGCAAGUCACGUAGUUGGCUGCAUGUCUUCUUCUUGUUGUUAUUUUCAUUUUUUCACGGAUGGGCUACAUUUCCAAGAUUAAGAAGGAGGAGUAGAAUUGUAAUUCAUUGCCGCUUAGUAGCUGGGAAAGUCAUUUUGGCGAGAUCGUCUUGCAGUUUAUUUUUUUCAGUUUAAAGUGUUAAAUCGGACACGUUUUCAAAAUACAAGUCAUGUAAUUUCAGAUCGCGAUGUAUCAUGAAUUGACACGUCUGUUAAAACAUGUUUCUUGCUGUUUUUAAAACAAGACACGAGGUCUAGUUAAACGCAAUUCGAUUUGGUACAUUGUGCCAUUCUUUAUCCUGUCCGCAAUUUUGUCUUUUAUAUUGAUACUGUAACGUAUCAAAGGUCGACUUUUGGCAUUCUUUUGUGGUUGAAUGACCGAUUUAUCAAGGACGAUCGAUCACUUACAACGAAAAUCGGACCAUAAACCUUAUUCGAGUAUGAAAGGAUCUAAUCUUUCAUUUGCUUGAAUAGUUUUGUCAGCUAUGUAGACAGGUCUUCCGCAAAGUCUUAUUUUGAAAGCUGAUAAUUUUAUUUUGUUACAUUGCUGUCAGGAAUAUUUGCUCAUUUCCAAGAACCACAACGAGGUAAUUUUUCAAUUAAUACUGAAAAAGAUUAAAAAAGUACAAUACCAUACUUGAAUUCACACUUUUCAGGCACACAAUAAUCAUGAUCUCUAUAAAUUCAAAAGAUUUAUAUAACCCCUUAUUCUCUAUGUUAUUUUUUUGACUUUUAACUAAGUGCUACCAAAGAACUCAUGAGGAAGUGUUGUGUUGGUACCCUUGAGCACAAUUGUUGAUUAUUUGAAAUUGAGUGGGAGGGGUUUUAGCAUUAUUGAUAGAAUCAAUUUAAAAAUACACAUAAACUAUAAAUUUUUAAAACAUUCUCAUAAGAUGAAAACUUUUUACUCCAUUGAAGAAUAUAGGAGUUUGCUUAUUUAUAUCAUCUUAAUUUUUCGAUAUUACCUCCAAUGUGAAAUUUCACGAUUUCAAUGUCUCGUGUUAUUCUUGCCAAAAAUAAUUGACAAUUUGUUGAAAUUUUUUGUGAUAAAGAAUUUCCCAGAAAUUGUUUUCUACGUAUUAAAAUAAAAAACAAACAAAAUGAAAGAGUUGUAUACAAGAUUAUAUUUCUACAAGAAUCUACUUUAUGUUUCAACACUCACAGAUGAAUGCCAAGGUCAAGGAAAUUGGUUUCAGCUCUGAGCUACUUGAUAAAUUACAGUAAAAUACAAGAAGCCCUUAUGUAGAGUAGAUAAUACUUUCUGUUGUUGUUGCAUGAUCUUAGCCUAAAUCAGUUCAAUUGUGCGUAUUAUUAGAUGCAUAACUUAGCGAUGAAUACACCCCCUGGUGUACCCCAGAGGGAGAAACUGUAAUCAAAUUAUAAAAUCUAGCCAGUAACUUAUUUCAUACAACCUAUUUUUUUACAUAUAUGUAUGUGUAAUUUUUUAAAGUACUUAAGGAUGAGAUAGUACCAAAUUUUCUUUAAAAAAAUGAUCUCUGAAAACUAGUUUUUAUAGUUAGGGACAAGUUGAUGAUCUGUGGAGUUAAUGUCACAAUCUUGAAUGGAAAGGAAGUUUUGUUGUGGACUUACACUGCAUUCAAGAAGUAGAAAGCACUCUGGCCACAAGCAACUAAUAGGCUGUCUUGUAAUAUAGAAGAAAGCUAGUAUAAUUACCUUAUCUACCGACAGAUUUCUUAACAUGUGUAAUUAAAGCAAGAGAUUUACUGAAAUAACUUCUUCUCUUGUGGGAGGGAAAUAAACCCCACUAAUUUGACCCUAGGUAAACCAUAGAUAUUUAGUUGUAGCUUAAACAAACAGGAAGAAGUUAGCUAGAAAUACCAAGUAUUUGUUUUGACCAUGAUAUCAUUGUCAGUGUGACCAAAGAGAGAAACUAUUGUGCAAGAUUGAUGUGCGUGCACUUCAACAAUGAAGUUAAUAGGCUUAUAUUUGCUCAAUAGCUUCUUUCUGUGGUUAAGAUAGGAUUGGGGUCAUAAUGAUGUGACAACCUAAUUUGUUUUGACAAUUUUUACUAGCUUGAUAAUAGGAUAGUCAGAUUAAGAAAGUAAAUGAAAGAGACAAUGAUUGGGCAUUCAGUUAAUUUCAAUACGAAAAAAUUAGAUUGGAAUUAUUCAGGUGGUUAUAUUACGAGCGCAGUUACAGCUUACACAGCUCUUCUUCAUUCUUUUUUCUCUUUUUACUCUCAAGAUCUAUUAUUUCUCACUUGCAGAUUUGAUAAAUUUCUAUAUAAAUCAGUUAAUAGAAGUGGGUAUUACAUGUGUAUAUCAAGUUUCCUCCCUGCCGCUGAUAAGUUUGAAUUUUCCCAUCAACUAUUUGCUAAAGGCUAUCCCUAUUAUUUUGUGGAGAAAGUUUAUCUUAAUCAUUUCAAAGAGUUAAAGGGUUAAGCAAAUCAGCAGGUGGAGAAUUAUUGUCGAUAGAAGGAACCUAUUGAUGUUGUCCUUUCUGUUCAAACCUGUAGGUUCAAGUCCUCAUGCAGCUGGAUUGCCAUCACCAACAGAACCAAAGAUGUUUCCUCGUGCCAUUCUUUUGGCACCAAAUGGACAGCCACUUCUUGUUCCACAGCCUUUGGUUCAAGGAGACAGAGGCAUGGUGUCUAUUGCAUCACCAUACCUCACCCAAGCUAGCAUUUUUUAUGCUCCUCAUUUCUUUUCACCUCAUCAAUUGGCAGCUAUGCAGCACACCACACCACAACAAUUUCCCCAAGUCCCCUCACUGAUACAAUUGCCUGGAAACUCACCUGUACCUCAUACCACACCCACUGUUCAAAAUGGAUUUUCAGAGUCUUCUGUUUCACCUUCUAAAGGUAACAGAAAGGGGGAAGGUAACAUUUCCCCUUGUGCACUCAAAGAGUCUGUCAUAGUGACUAACUCAUCAGCAAAUAUUAAAGACACAAUUCCUGAUUCAGUUCCUGUUACACCGUCAUUACCAAUACCAUCACUUUCACCCUUGACACCGAGAACGCCAUCAUCUCCUGGGACCCCUCAGCAAACUGUUCCUUCACCAGGUGAUGAUGACAUCUGUGUUAUUUGCUCAGACAAGGCAACUGGUCAUCAUUAUGGAGUUACUAGCUGUGAAGGUUGCAAAGGAUUCUUUAAGAGAAGUGUUCAAAAUAAGAAAGUCUACUCCUGCCGUAAUUUGACUCAAGAUUGUCCUGUAGAUAAACGACACCGAAAUCGCUGUCAGUUUUGUAGAUUGCAGAAGUGUAUCAAAGCUGGAAUGUUGAAAGAAGGUUGGUGUCUCUUUCUUUGUAUUUUUGUUAUGUAUAUUUUAAGUGGACUUUACAAAAAAUGGCAAUUCUUCAUUUCAAUCUGACAGUGUAUUUAUUGCCAUAUUUUAGGUUGCUAUCAACUUGAUAUUUUCUUUGUCUAGCGCUUUGCCUAUCAUCUGCCUAUCUGUCCAUCAGUCUUUUUUUUUUGUCUUUUGUUCAAUUGGGCACCAGCCGGAUCUUGCUUUGUUUGACUGCUCAUUAUUAUUUGUGACUGUGAAAGGCAAAAAGGACACUAACAGAAAACCGCAUGGAUAACAAACGGUUAACAAACGGUCCUUGAAGUGUUCGAACGGGUAAUUAAAUUAUUUGAACGGUUUGAUUAGCCGUUUGAAUGGUUUGCUUAGCCAUUUGAAUGGAUGAGUAAAAAUUUUGAACAGACAGGCAAGCCAUUCAAAUGGAUGAAAAUAUUAUUAAUCCGUACGAUUGGUUUAUCAAUCGUGCGGAUAAAUUGCUUAAAUGGCGUUCAAACGCAUGGCUUGAUCAUGGAACGGGCAAGGUUGCUGUGUAUUGUUUUCAUUUGAUUUGACGUUAAUUUCAUUCUUACGAUCAAAAAUUGAGGCUAUUCCAAUUUCUCAUCGAAAUAACGUUUUUAGUUAUUGUCUGAAACUACUGAAUAUCUCAUGAAAGGUGUUUGUCAUCGUAGUUUAAAAUGACAGCUGAGUUAAUUGUUUGUCUCACGAUUUAGUUACAUGGAUGUGGAUCAUAAUGUUUCGACUGCUACACUGAAUAACUGUAGAGAAAGGAUGAGUGCAAUUUUCUCUUUUUGAACGGAUGAACAGAACGGGCGCCAAUCCAUUCGAAUGGAUGCUGCAGUUCUCCAAACGGACACUUCUAGUUGGCAGAUGGAUGGAAAACCGUUCAAAUGGAUGCUAAAAUCGUUCGAACGGAUGUCAGAACUAUUCGAACGGACGCCGCAAUACUUCAAAUAGAUGCUAAUGUAUUUCAAACGGAUAUGCAAACCGUUUGAAUGGUUUGUCGAAUGCUUUGAACGGAUUUUUUUAGGCGUUCGAACAGAUGACAAACAGAUAACAAACAGUUUUCCCGCUCAAAUGGAUAACCAUUAGUGUCCGUUUUGCCUUUCACUGUCACAUUUGUCUAGGGUUAUGGUUAGAAUUUUAAUCACUCUGGUGUUCAACCUCUUUUGUUUAUUUACAUGUAUUUGUCAUUUGUCCAUUGGUGUGCCUGACUUUCUCUUGCCUGCUUGCUAUCUCAGUGUCGAUUUGUCUGUGUGCCUAUCUAUCUGUGUCUGUCUGUCACCAUCAUUCUACCUUUUUGACUGUCUGUCUGUAUGUGUCUCCUUCUGUUCAUCACUUCAUCUCUCCAAACUGGUUGAGAAACAUUUAAACCUUUAUCUUUAAAUGGUUUUCCUCUUAUUCCAUUUUAUAGCUGUCCGGGAGGAUCGCACACCAGGUGGUAAACACAAGAACUCAUCUUUUUCUUCAAAUUCACGCAUCAAAUCACAACCAGCUGCUAAACAAGCAAGAACAAGCUCAAGGAGCAGCUCAUCUUCUGAUCAAGUUGAUGGAGCGGCAUGUACAAAAAUUCCAUCCAGAACUUUUCCUCCUUUUAUUAAAGAAUUGUUGAGAUAUGAGCCUUCAGUUGAUGUACAAUCUUCAGAAUGCCAGGGAUGUCAUAUUGCAGAUAAUGGGCAGAGGACAUUAGCACAUGUCACACAACAAGCAGAGGAACAAAUCAAAAGAAAUUUGGAAUGGUUUAAAUGCUUGCCAUUGCUUCGUGACAUUAGUGAAAACGAUAAACGGAUUCUUUCAGGAAGUGCAUGGAUUGAACUCAUGCUGAUUAAUUUGACAAAGCAGUCUUUACAUUUAGAUAAUGGAGUGCUUCUUUGUCCUAGUCAGGUUUUGGACUUUACUACUGCAGAAGCAACAGGAAUUGGUGACAUCAUGCACCGUGUAAUGCAACUGACUGCGAAAUUUAAAGAACUUAGUCUGGAUGAUGCAGAAUUUGUUUGUAUCAAAGUCAUUAUUCUACUAAACCCAGGUGAAGUACACAUAUGCAACAUAAUUCUCCCAGUUACAUGAUACAUGAUAUUACUGAUGAGUCAGUUAUUGUGGACCAGAUACAUUGCAAACAGUCCAUAAACACACCUUUUAGAACUCCAAGUUUCUCACAAGCCCUCUCCCUGUUAACCCUUUAACUCCUGCAAGUGACCUAGACAGAAUUUUUCUUUACAAUAUCAACCAGAUAAGUGAUGAGAAUCAAGAAAAUUAUCAAUUUGAGGAUAAUUAGUGGAUGUAGUACUAAAUUCUCUGAACUAACAUUAUAAGAAUUGUAUGGUUGACUGUAAGGAGAAUUACAAAUUUGAUCUGGGAGUUAAAGGGUUAAACUUCCCUCCUCCCCACUCCUCCUCAUCAAAAAUUCUAAAAACAAAUAUAGGGCUUGGGCAUGGGUUUUCUGUCUUUUCGCAAGGGUGGGACUAAAAAUAAGUUCUGUGGUCUGACUUCUGACAAGAGGGGAAAAAAAUCUCUCUCUAGCUCUAACUUUGUUGUUUCAAUGUCCUUCUAAUGACUACACAUUUAACAAUGAAGAGAGGUAACAUAUCUAGAAUUGUUAUCAAGUUUUGUUGAAUGUUGAGUUUGUUUCAGUCCAAUUUUCCCAUUACCCAGAUCAAUUAAGGGGGAAAGGCUGGUAAGUGUCAACAAUUGUGACAAGAAUUUAAGCUUCUUUGUUUAGAGUUGGCUCCUGACCAACCCUUUCUAUCAUUAGAGAAAAUGACACCCAGUGAUGUAGCACCCUGUGAAUUACACCUCAUUAAAGGUUGGAUUGUACAUUAUACAUUAUAAAAUAAUUUAAAUAGUACGCGUGCUCUGAUUGGCCAUAAAACCAUUUUACACAAGCAUAUGUAAACACGGUUUUCGUUCCUCUUUCAUUAGUUAAUUUAUAAUAGAAAUGUAAAAUGGUUUCCAUGUUUACAUAGCCUGAUGUAAACACUUGGGAGGUUGGGAGAACACUCGAUAAGCUGGAAACCACUCCACUUCGCGUCGUGGUUUCCAACGCUUAUCUCGUGUUCUCCCAACCUCCCACGUGUUUACAUCAGGCUAUGUAAACAUGGAAACCAUUUUACAUUUCUUCAUUAUACAAUGUCAUUUUAAUUAUGUUCAUUUUGAUUUUGUCCAUGCUCAGAUUUGAAAGGUCUGCUGGAUCAACAACUGGUUGAAAGACUGCAGGAUAAAGUGCAUGCAUCAUUGUUGGAGUACAACAACAACUUUCACCCUAAUGAACCUAAUCGAUUUGGAAACAUUCUUCUAAGAUUACCUGAGCUGAGAUCAAUUGGCACCAAGAGCCUAGAACGCCUUUUCAUGUUGAAUCUUACUGGACAGAUCCAUGCAAGUGAUUCCUUAGUGGAACUCCUUCAUUCAUCAAAAAGAUGAUCUUUGAACUUGGGUGUCUCUUGUCUUGCUAGGCUAUAUUGAUGCUGAUGCAGCCUACAUUUUGACCAGGAAUUGUGGUUUAACUCUGGUUUGUCUGCCACAUAAUUACAUUCAAACUGAAUCUAGAAGCUAAAAUAUUAGUAAUGCAUCUCACCUCAAGGUCAACCCUGAAAAAACAGUUUCAGUCCAUGAGUGGUGAAAACAGAUCCUGAUCCUUUUCUCUUUCUCUUUAAGGUUAAUUGUGAUGAUGACUUUUCAUACUCUUAAAUGGCAUUAUUUUCUCUUUCCACCUUGUCACUCCCAGGAGUGAUCAAUUAUAAAUUUCUUUUUUAAAAAUCAGAUCUAUUUCAAAUGGACAUGUGAUGGGAAGAAAGAAAUGUUCCUCUUGGUAGAUUUAAUUCAACUGAACUCCAAUUACUCAGUGGUGAAACUGUAAGAAAGGUAUGUCAGACAGGAAAGGGAAUUGAUAUUGGGAUCAUAGGAGUGAGAAGUUAAGGUGAAAGUGGCUUUGCCAGAGGGAUUGGGACUGCUUUUGGUCAAUUCUAUGUAGCUAUGAGGGUAAUUUAGUGUUAUCAAAUGAGUUGAUAAUGGAAAGUGGCCACUGUAAAGAGUUUAAAGGCUGACAUUUUGAGCAUCAGCCCUUCAUCAGAGCUCGAAACGUCAACCUUUAAACUCUUUGUGGUGGUCAAUUUAAAUUAUCAACUCAGUUGACAACACUAAAUUACCCUGUUAUUCUCUCAUAGUGAGGCAGCUCCACAGUUUCUUUAGAAAUUUGCUCCCUUCAUUCUAUGUAGCUAUUCCUAGCAAGGGUUAUAGCAUGUUCAGGAGUACACCAGAUGAUAGUUUGAGAACUCCCUGCGAAUGAGUUCCAAAAGAUUUUACAGCAAAUAAAUAUUUUGUGGUUGUUUUUUCUGUCUUCUCUGGCAAUGCUCCUUGCAAAGAGUUUGUGAGUCAGAGAUGCAACAAAAAUUUUGUCACAAUUGAUUGUACCUAUGGUGUUUCAUUUUAACCUGUGUAACAUUCUUAGGGUACUUCUUACAAGUUUAUCAUUCUCAAACAAAACAUUAUUUUGUAAAAACAUCUCCAUUUGAAAAUCAAACCAUGGCUCAGUGUAUGUGCAGGGUCAACCAGUACACAGCCCCAUACAUCAUUAUGUAUACAGUUUGUGUAUUAUGAAAAUAACGGCUUAAAACAAUAGACUACCUUUGGCACAACAGCUUUGUUUUAGAAUAGUUUGGGGUUGUACUGAAGUCUUCCCAAAAUUACUCCAAGAAGCAAUACAGUUUUGCCAUCUGUAGUCUGGUUUGUUUUUUGGUACCUGUAUGCCCUAAUGUCCAGUGUCACUGGUCAGAACAUGUUAGUGUUUGUGGUUUUGAGGAUUUGACAGUAAUUCUCAGAGCACAAGUGGACAUUUUUCAACUACUUAUAAUUUUUCUUGGAAGUGUCCUAUGCAGAUUUUUUUAAUGGAAAGCAUUCUAAUUAUUACUACCAUUAUGAUAAUUAACCCCAAAGUUCUUAAUUGUUUCAAAAUUCCUCCUUGUCAGCUCGUUAGGAAAUGUAUAGAGAACAGUAUAGAGAAUAUGCAUACUGAUAUUAAGAUGAAAAGGAUUAAAUGUACUAUUACCACUACUUAAAUUUUGGAUUUUUCUAGACUGAAAGAUUAUUAUUGAACAGCAAAAGUACAACUUUAGGGUCUACCCAUAGCUUCUUUUUACAGAUUUCAAAAACCAAACUUUAAAAUUGAAGAAAGGGAACUAUUAUCCAGCAGUACAUCUGCUCCUUUAUUUUUACCAGAGUCCUGUAAUGUAUAUCAAGACACCCUUUUCUAAUCAUUAAAAGAUGUUUAUAUUUUUUUCAGUGGUGAAUACACUCUAAACUAUGUAACCUGACUUUUCAAUUAUUAUGAAAUAAAUCCUCAUAACUUUUGGAGAGGGAAAGGUUUUGCAGUUAAAUAUUUGCUUAGAGACACCACAUACUUUGACCAUAGAGUUACAAAUCCUUUAAGGCUGCAAUUUGCAUAAGGGAAGUAGAAUGAAAUUCUUAUUUUGACCUGGUUACUCUGUGAGAGUUCAAGACCAUGUUUGAGGGGUGGAUAAUGCUACCCACUUGAUAACUCUCUAUCAGGUGGAUGGUGCAGCUUGUUUCCUUACCACUCAUCCACUGGGUUGUGAUUAUCCACCAGAUAGCAUUAUCCAUCCUUUUCUCAACUGGGUUCAGUUCAGUUAGUUGUGAACAAUUUUCUUAAACGAUACUGCACA